AUGGACGGGGAUCCCGGUCAGGAGCUUUCUGGCGGUGCUGGUAUGAGUCUCUUUUCUUUCUCGGCGUUGGCUGGGAUUCUUCGGCAUAUAUACUGGUAUGAACAUUUUGAGAUUCGCGCAGAUGGAUGCCCCGCCGUCUGGAGAUACGAUGCGCGGGUUAUGCCCGUCGUUGGCGGACAUCGAUAUACUCCUUCGACAGCUGUCUUCCUCAACGAGGUGGUAAAGCUCGCAAUCGCCCUUACGGCUGCUCUGUAUGAGCUCUCUUUUGCGGCUCACACUUCUACGACCGCCACGUCUCUAUUCAUCACCCUUUCUUCCAAAGUAUUCUCCGGCGAUAGCUGGAAACUAGCAAUACCUGCCAUAUUUUACACCAUUUCAAACUCGUUACAAUAUGUUGCGAUGUCUAACUUGGAAGCUGCCCGCUUCCAGGUUACCUACCAGCUGAAGAUCAUUAUGGGCGCAAUAUUUGCUGUAGCUGUCUUGCGCAGGAGUCUCGCACCUGGGAAAUGGGCGGCUCUGUUCCUUCUUUUAGCUGGCGUUGUGAUCAUGCAUUUACAACUUUCCUCUGAUCCGAUGGACCCGGAUAACCACAGACACGUAAACAUCCGUCGUUCGCUGACUGAUUUGUCUAAUAUAUUUGUUGGGCGGGCCGAGGAAGAAGCUGCUCCCAAGCUGACCAAACGAUCGGCCACCUACGAGGGUAUCAUUGAAGAUAUGAUGCUCGCUCACCCACGCCUAAACGGGAAUAUUGGUGUUUUAGCUACCAUCGGAGCCUGCAUUUCGUCUGCAUUCGCUGGGGUGUCGUUCGAAAGAGUCCUCAAGGACAGCCAUACAUCCACUUCAAUCUGGAUACGGAAUGUGCAGCUAGCCAUAUAUUCGAUCUUUCCCGCAUUAUUCAUUGGAGUUGUAUUCACUGACGGAGAGAAAAUCGCCAAGGCUGGCUUCUUCCAAGGAUACAACUGGGUUGUAUGGGCAGUGAUCAUCUCCCAAGCUGUCGGAGGAAUCGCAACUUCGUUUUGCAUGACUUUUUCAGACAGCUGGUUGAGGCUUGCUCCUGGAGGGAUGAGCAUUGUCUUAAGCACGUUAAUCAGCAUCUGGUUCUUUGAGUUCAGCGCGUCAAUUAAUGUGAGUUUCAUGCUUCCUCCCCUCUCACCCUAUUGCAUUGAUAUGCUCACACAUCUCCAGUUCAUCCUCGGCACUGCGAUCGUUCUUUCAGCAAUUUACAUUUUCCUCCCUGGAAUGCAAGCAGGGAAAUCCAUCAAUGGCUUACGCGUUCCUCCUAUCCGCGUACAUCCAGCGGAGAAAUCAGGCAAACCCUCCAAGAUAGAGAUUGAUGACACAGUCUCACCGCCCGACGAUUUCUCUAUCAAGUUACCUACCACACCUCUCCUAUCCGAGACAGGAAUGAGUACCUCCCGGCCCAGCUCUCCAAACCGCCACCACUCGCGUGUCCAUUCCUCUCGAGGUUCCUACUUCCCCAAACAAGGCCGUGAUACCUAA